AUGGACGCGGAGGCGCCCGGGGCCGGCCGGCCCGACCACCGCCGGCGGACGGGUGACCGAGCCCUGCUGGCCGGCCCACCCAACCCCAGCCCGUCGUCGGAGGACACCCCGCCGCUGCUCCGGGACGACUAUCUGUCCCCGCCGCUGGAGAUGACCCGGGCGGACGACCUGCGGCAGGUGCGGACCCUGCAGAUGCGAGUGGACACGCGGGAGAACAGCCUGGGCAACCUGGGCGCCCUCCUGCCCGGCCUGCAUCGACUGAAACUGAACAACAGCCUGCUGGCGUCCGUGAGGGACCUCGGCACGUCGCUGGCUCGGCUCCGGGUCCUGUGGGUGUCUCGGUGCGGGCUGGAGGACCUGGACGGCAUCGGCUCCUUCGCCUCGCUGAAGGAGCUGUACGCCUCCUACAACAACAUCUCGGAGCUGAGCCCCCUCUGCCUGCUGGACCAGCUGGAGAUCCUGGACCUGGAGGGGAACAGCGUGGAGGAGGUGGCCCAGGUGCAGCUCCUGGGGCUCUGCGCUCAGCUGCACACCCUCACCCUGCAGGGAAACCCCGUCUGCCUCCGCCCUCACCCGCGCUCGCCCGCCGCCCCCGACUACAACUGCCGAGCCGAGGUGAGACGGCUGAUCCCCCACCUGCGGGUCCUGGACGAGGUCCCGGCCGGCCGCACCUCCCCGCGGGCCGCCGGGACCCCCACCCUCGACUGGCUCAUGGUCCAGGAGGCCGUCAAGAAGGCCGGCGGGGGCCUGGGCGACGGGGCCGGGCCCGGGUCCCCCGGCCGGCCCCGCGGGGAUCCCCCGCCGUUCAGGGGGAGCCCACUCCUCGGAGCGCUCUUCGCCGCCGACGCCUCCCCGGACGAAGACGACGCCAGCGACCUCACCCACGGCUUCGGCCACAUCCUCUGUGGGAAUCCUAUCAAGGCCCUUCACGAGCGACGGCAGAAACUGAAGGCACGGUGACCCGCCGGGCCCUCCCCGCCGCCC